CAACGUGUAGAGCCCGUGACCUGACUCGAAGACACUUAACGAGCAACCAUUCCGGAUCCAGCCGCGCUCUCCGCCAUGUCCAAGGACGACCUGAUGGCGCAGGCGAUGCCCCACCUUCAGUUGUCGGCUCAGGACAUGAAAGCGAUUCUGGAGUUGUCUGUCAGAAUGUUGGAAACAAACCUGACGCAGCAGAAAGAGCUGCGGUUGACAAGAGAUAAUUUCCCUGAUUCGCGUACGUGGCGAGAAGUGCGGCGCAAGGAUGGAAUAAGGGUGUUUAAGGAGUUCCAGUCGCAAAACUCCUUGCCAAGCGGAAACAGCGCGACGUGUAUGCGAGCUGGAUUUUCUCAUCCGGAAGAGUUCGAAAUGCCAUCAUUACUCAUGUUAGGAACGAUAGCUGGCAAUCUAAACGACGUCAUGUACGCGUCCAUUGCAACAAGUACGGACGCCAUGCGAGCCCGUUCCAAGUUCGUGCAAGAUGGUAUCGUGAACAGCAAGGUGCUCUGCUGUGUGGAGAGUCCUUCGUCGGAUGAUCCGUUCCACACACUCAACGUUACGUGGCGAUACUAUUCUCUUUCAGAACCUAGAGACUACACCUGUAUCGAAGCAACGGGGAUGGUGCCUAACGAUUACGGUGAGCUAGUGGGUUUCCACCUCAUCCACUCGCUUGGCUUCGCCCAACUUCCAAUCUUCCGGAACCACGGCGUGGAGCGAGCCAACAUGUCGGUGUGUUCGUUCUUCCGCCAGAAAAGUACAACGCUCGUCGAAUGCUAUAGACGCGGCUACUUCGACUUCUACUCGAGCAAUGAGAUGCUGAACAACAUUUCGCUGCACACAAUUUCGACCCAAUGGCUGUCGAUGGCUCGCUACGUCGAGUGCGCGCAGAUGAAGAAGCUCGUGUGGUGGAUGCGGAUGCGGACAGGGCGCGAUUCGUUUGCCAGCAGCAGUCAAAGUUCCAGCUCCACAUCAUCUGGUGGGAUCGCAAUGAUUGGUCAAAAUACGCGUCCUCGUAUCCAAUCCGCAACGCGCUGUCAAGUCUGCAGGCGCGGGUUUGGCGGGUUCUUGCGGACCGCACCGAGAGCCUGUGCCUGCUGCGCCGAGUGGGUCUGUAAGCGCUGCUGCGUCAAGAAACAAGUAUGUGUGGUGUCUUCCCAUAACCGGAGCAAGGUGAACGACAAGAAGCUCAUCUUCUGUGCGCAGUGUGUUGCCGAGGGAUCCAAGAGCGACGCCGCACUGGUUCUUCGCGAAGAAGUCAUGGGGCUACGAACGUCCUACUCGUCUACCCGCAGAACCAUUACAUGCAGUACAAUGGAGACAGAGUAG